AUGGAAGGAAUAUUACAAUACAGAAAUACAAGUAAUUCAUUUACAUUUAGCAAACCACAACAAUGGAAAUUAAUAGACAAUAUCUUUUCAUCACAAAGUAAUGAAAAAACUGAUCAACAAAUAUUUUUUAUAAUUGACAUCAAAAUGAUUGCAUUACAUAAAACAAAACCAAAUCAAUUUGCAAUUAAAUAUUCAUUUCAAAACCAUCAAUCAAUAAUUGAAUUUAUUGCUCCAUCUACUGAAUUAGCAAAAAAAUGGGUAGAUUGUAUUAAUAUAACAAAAAAUGAAAUACUUUCUCAUGAAUAUGACAAAAAAGAAGAAAUAAAUACAAAUGAUUUGUCAUCACUUUCUAGUUCUAAAUUGAAAGUUAAAUUAAAUUCAAAAACUCAAAAAGUUGUUUUAAUUCCAAAUUAA